AUGGAUACAUUUGAUUAAACUCAGUUAUUUGUUAGGCUGAGGAAAAUCCUCCCAAAGAGCCCUCUGGAUUGGACAUGCCAGGAAACUAUAAAGUUUAUUUAGUUUGCAAAUAUGUCCAUUUAUGAAGCUCAUUUCGCAAAGAAAUAAGUUGAUGGUAAAAAAAUGAUAAAAUCUUACUCAGCAUAUAAUUAUGAAAAAUUUAAGGAUAAAACUUAAGUGCCUAGUCUUUUACAUUAUCAAAAAUUUUUAAUAUGGACGCAUAUACUAAAAGAAAAUUAUGAUAAGUUUUUAUAAAGCGUUAAUGCUCAUAAACAUUUAUUUGAUCAUAGUAAAUAUUCCCCUUAAUAAUAAAAUUAAAUUAUUUCAAUUAAAUAUUCAAAUUCGAUUACUCUUUCACCUUAGACUUCAUAAAAAAAUGGUUAGCUCUCAAAUCAAUCAAGUGCAUAGUCAAGCACUGCAAAUAAAAUUUAAGGCAAUAAAGGUGUGUUUGAAUUCCCAGAAGAUGCAAGCAGUAAUCUAAAUAAUAGUGGCAAUUUAAAUUUGAGCUCAAAUUCAUUAUCAAACUAGCCUCAGUAGCCAAACUAAGGAUAAAAUGAUUAAUUUGUAUUAGCUCAAUAUACUCGUAAUCCAAAUAAUGAAAUAAAUUAAUCUAAUAGCUAGAAUUUCAAGUAAAGUGUAUAAAGCAGUACCUACAAUUCUACCAGCAAUAAUAGUUCUUAGCAAUUAAGUUAGCAAUCUUUUUAGGAAACAAAUGAUAUCUUUAAGAAAAUCACUGAAAAUUUUGCAUAGCCAGAACAGUUAUCUUUAAAAUUAAUGGAGAUGAUAGAGGAAAGUAAGGGAAAUAAAAAAUUUUAACCAAGUAAGACUCGCUUAUUUUCGAGAUGCAUUAAGACAACUGAACGCCAAAAGAAAAAAAUGAUUGAAUUAAUUGAAAAGUUAUCAUCAGAAAAAUGUUUUCUGAUGUGGAAUACUCGUAUGGUUCAUUCUCUUUUGCAAUUAAUUUCAUUUAAUACAUUAUUCCCUAUUGUUGAAUAAUGGGGUUUAGAUGGUUUUAUAAUUUAGUUAGUACUUCCUUUAUACUCAGUACGCUAAAUAGAGCUAGCUUUUGAAUGCAAGCAUGAAGAUACUGAGAAAAUAUUUUGGCUCUCUGAUAUUUUCAAUGCUAUUAAAUACACUGAGCAGUAUUAGUUUUUUAGCAGUUCCUAUAAAGUAGAUCCUUUAAAUAUUUCCUCCUUGUCAUCAUCUGGAGGACUACAGGAUAAGAGUAAAGAUAAUAUUCUCUAUUAGCAAAUUUAAAAUCUCAUGAAUAAUAACAAUAACAACCUGAAUUCUUCCUUAAUAUUAAAUAUUCCUCCAAAAAAACUGAGUAUUGACACUCUAGAUUCAAAUGAUCAGUCAGCUUCAUAAAAUUUAGAUAAGCAAUAUUUGAAUGAUAUGAGUAGUAAAAAAGAAAAUUGGUAGCAUAAUUCAUCAAAUUUAACUCCUAAUUUAAAGUAAAAAUAAGAAUAACCUUCUUUUAUGAUAUCUAACUAAGAGGCUAAUAAAGGAAAUAGAAAAGGAAGUGAAGAAUUUACGUUAGCCACAACAGCAAACCAUCAAAGCAAUUAAAAACCUUAACAAUAAUAAUAAGUAGAAGAAAAAAAUAGUAAUUUAAGUCAUGUAGAGAUAAAAGAGUCUAUAGAUUAGGAUCCAGCUUCUGCAUAAAAUAUUCCUGGCAAUCCCGAAUUUGGUGAAAGUGUAUUUUACCCAGAGAGCAUUAUUUAAAAUAGUAGCUAGUAAAAAAAAAGAAUAAGUAUUAAUUUCAAUAAAAAAGAAAAAACCAGUAGAGAAUCAAUCACUUUAAACAGCUUAUAAGCUAAAAUUCAAGAAAUUCAAACAAAUUAAGAUUCUUAGUUUGCCGAAAGCACGAUUCUAAUAGAAACAGAUAAUUAAAUGUAAAACACCUUUAAUGUAGGUUUAGAUAUAAAUAGAUGUUAAAGUGAAUCUAUUCAAUACUUUAAUCCACCAUCUAACUAAACGAAAAAUUCUAUGCUUCAGACAAUAGAAGAAAAAGAUAAAUCAGCUGAAUCAUAAUCUUUGGCAGAUAGUAUGAUGAAUUCUACGAAGAUGUCUUCAAUUCCGAAUGUGGCAAAUAAAGAUAAAAAAUUUAUAGAAUCAGGUGUUUUUGCAGGUACUUAGACUAAUUAGGGUAAAAUGCAAAAAAAUAUAGUAGAUGUAUUAGGAACUUCUACUUAUAUUCAAAAUAGCAAAUAAUUGUAAAACUAGGAGUAAUUUUAAGAAUCAGUUAUUUUAACUAAUAGUAGCUGCUCUAACAAUUAUAAUAGUUAGCCUCAAAAUAAUAAAGAAGAUAAAAUUUUUUCUAAAACCGAUAAUUGUGUAACACCAAAAAAUUUAUAAAAUGUUUUUGCUGAUUCCGUAAUGCUGACUUCUGAUUAGCAAAUGAAUGAUUCUAAUUUUCCUAAAAGCAAUCCUUCUUUAUCAUAUUAAAAAACAUAAUCUAUUACAGCUGCUUAAUUAUGCUCUUAGGGUUCUAUGGUAUCCACUCCUAUACAAUCGGGAGCAAAUAAUUAAAUUAGUGAAUUUUGUGAUUCUGUUCUUAUUGAACCAACAUAGACUCAUUUUGGAAAGGGUAAAACUUAAAAUCAGGAAGAGCAAUUAUAAGAAUCUAUAAUUUUACCUUAAAACAACAUGAACAAUAUUAAUAACAAUUAAUUUUAAGACUCGGUGACUUUUCCUAUACAAAAUAAUUUUCAAAAAAACUAAAUACAAAAACUUUAAUAAUAAAAUUAACAAAAAAAUAAUGCUUAAAAUAAAACAAAUAAAAUCGAAGAUCAGUUCGCAGAAUCAACUUUGUGUAAUAAUAAUUUCAAUGGUUAAUCUUAGUAUAUUAAUUAAUUUUAAGAAUCUACGCUUAUUACUCCACUUUCAGGUAACAACAAUUCAAACAAUAAUUAGAAUUAUAAUAACACUUAAAUGCUUAGAUAAGUAAGAGGUGUAAGUGAAUUUUAAGAAUCAACAUUAAUAAAUCCAAUUAAUUUUAAUAAAAAUGAUAGCAAAAAUCAAUAACCAUCUAAUUAAUUUUAAGAAUCUACACUAAUAAAUCCUAUUUAAUAAAAUAAAACUGAAUAAUUUCAGGAAUCUACACUAAUAAAUCCUAAAUAAACUAAUAAACCUACACAAUAAUUUUUUGAAUCUUAGUAUCUAAUGAACACGUAAGGAGGAAAUGAAAGGGAAAGUGUUUAGCUCUAAGAAUCUACUAUAAUAAAUCCUUAACCACAAAAAAGUAAUUAGUCAAAAUAAUCUUUUGUCUAAGAUAGAAACUUCCGUUAAUCUAUAGUGAGAAAUGUUAAUGGAGAAAUAGAUUUCAAUAAGUCAGUUAUUUUUAACAACCAAAAUUUAUAUUGUCAAAAAGCUUAAAAUUAAAAUAAAUAAGAUAAUUUCUAAAUAGAAGAUGUUCCAUCACCAGCUUAAACUAAGUCAACAGCUAGCACCGAAUUAGCUAGCAACAAGCAAAGUUUCAGCCAUAACCAAAGUUUUUACCUUGAAGAUAGAUAGACAUAACAAUUUUUCAAGCGUCCAAAGAGUAACAAAUCAUAAGAAUAUUAGAUUUUGAUGAAUUAAUUAGCAAAAAAAACACCUUCUCUAAUAUUUAAUCCAUUUGAUUUUACUCCUCUUAAAAAAUCUUAUUGUAUGAGAAUACGUAUUAAAUCUCCAGAUGGUUCUAUUCAUAUUGAUCAUAGUGUAACAACUGAUGGUGCAACUUUUGGUCGCCAUGAAAACAAUAUUGUGAAUUUCCCUAAAGAAAAUAUGAUAUCUUCCUAUCAUGCUGAGAUUUUCUUUGAUAAUUUGUAAUUUUAUCUUCGAGACAAAGGUUCUAAGCAAGGAACUUUUAUUAAAAUGAAAGAAAUAAGUCUUAAAAAAAAUAUGCUUAUACAACUUUCAGUAAGCUCAGAAAUAAAAAUACUUGAAUUAGAUGAAGAAAAAGGCGAAAUAUAAAUUGAAACAAAGACAAUUUAAAAAAAGAGCAAUUAUAAUCGAACUUUGGGAGAAUAAUAGGAAAUAAAAUUCGGAAGAGAUAAAGAAAAAUGUGAUAUCCCAAUCAAAGAAUAAUCAAUUAGCGGCAUUCAUGCCAAGAUAGUUUACUCUUAAAAAAAAUUUAUUAUGUAUGAUUAGGAUAGUCUAAAUGGUAUUUGGUUAAGAAUGUCUCAAAAAUAAGAGGUUAGUGAGCCGUUCUUAAUAACACCUGAUUUUUCUUUUAGAAUUUGUUUAAUAAAUAUUCAAGUUAUAAAGUUAUCAUAGCCAAAAAUGAUAUAACAAUGA